AUCUUCCCCAGCAGCAUCCGACCGCCAUCGCGCCCCCUCUUCCGCCCUCUCUGCCCAUCAGCAGCACCCGUGGGAAAACUUCCACAAUUGCCCUCACCACCCAAGCCCGCAUCCCGAGAACGGCAAGUCUGCGCAACUCGAAUUUGGCACACCACAUUGGUCUGUGCUCUAUGCGCGAUCGGAGCAUAUUCCGGUAUUUCCUCGUCACCAAUGAAUACCACUGGCGGGGCCGAUAUUCUUCUGGAAUCAAUUCAGAGGACCAAACGAGAGACCGUCGUCGUCGCCUGUCAGUCUUGUCGACGUCGCAAACAAAAGUGCAAUGGACAGCGACCGUGUGAACGAUGCAGUCAGGCCGGGCAGGUCUGCGUCUUCGAGUCCGCCGAGAAUGAGACUCCACGCCAGACUCAAAAGCGGAAAUUCGAGCAGAUGGAAGCAGAGUUGAAUGUUCUGAGGGAAUUGAUCAGGUCAAUGGUCGACGCUGGGGAGAAGGACGCAUUGCUCAUCGUGAAACGAUUAUGCGAAGGACAAAGCCCGUCUACCAUCUGCUCCGCACUGCAAAGUUCAACCAACAUUGAGCCCAACACCAACAUUGCACCCGAGAGACGCGACCUGCUUUUGACACUGAUACAGUCCGUGGGCUCGCUAGACUCGGUCUUGGCCUAUGUCAAUCGCAUCGCCGAUUCCCGACUUCAGAUGGUUCUUCCUUCGAACACUGCUCAUCGACGGCUACGCAGUGGUCUUGUCAACCAUGAAAAAUUGGAACAUCUAUUCUCGGCCGCGGAGACCUCAUUCUUUCCACUACAGGUCCCGACUACUCUCUACGCCCCUGGACGCAGUUAUAACGGACCACCAGCAUGGGUGCGUAGCAGUAUUUGGUUGACAAACCCUGCUAGUGAUGAUGUCGUGUCGCAUCUCAUCUCUCUGUUUUUGAGUUUUUUCAAUCCUUACUGGAGAUUCGUCGAAGAAGACGAAUUUCUGCGCGGCCUACGAGGGCCCAACGAUCGGACGGGCCCAUGCUCGUCGCUACUUGUGCUUUCCAUGCUUUCAUGUGCAUCGUUAUACUCGGAGCAUGGAGAGGUCUUCACUUCUUCUCAUGACUGCGCUCGCCGCGGUAUCCAUUUCUACCAAGAAGCUCUCCGAUUGUGGAGCGAAGAAAGCGAAGUCGCCACGAUAUCGAACACGCAAGCCGCCAUGAUACUAUCCCUAGCAGCUCAAUUGCGUGGCCAAGAUCGUAUAGGAAGGGAUUUUGUUCUCAGCGCGGUUCACCUCAACCACAUGGUUCAAAUGAACACCUCGAGAGGAGCUGCCGCUGCAACGGGAGAUGAAGCGGCGAGGAGGUCGUUCCUGGACACGGCAGUGUCUCAUUUGCAUAUAUCGUACAGUAAUGCCAUGUUACAGCCCUGCAGCGGCGCAGCAUCCCGACCACGAGGAUUCGACAACAUUCAUGAAAUCAUGUCACGACCACCAGUCUACUGGAUUCCUUAUCCCAUUCAGCGCGAGCCUGCUCCGUUCUAUCCGAAUUUACUUUUGCAUCAUCGCUGCAGCCUGACGCAACUCGCAUACGACUUGAACGCGUUGAUGCUCUCCGGUCCCGAGCCUGAAAAUGCCGAACAUUUCUGGCAUGCGUCCAAGGAUCUUUUCCGCCGUCUUCAACACUGGUACUACAGUCUGCCGGGCGACCUCCGCUAUAUGAAGGAAAUGCCCGCCAGCAUAUUCGAACUUCACUGUCACUACUAUUGCCUGCAGAUGCAGCUGUCUGAUUUGACAUUCAAGAAAUUACCGCGAGGGCAUCCGCACAGCAGCGAGACGAGCCCGAUCGAGGUCCCACGCGAGGUCCAGGCCGAACUCAACAAGAACGGCUUGCUCUAUGCCCUGUCAGCCGGGCAAGCAGCAUGCGACUAUCGCGAGAUGUACGGCCUGACAGUAGCGGUCCCCUUCGUCCAGCAAGCCGCUGCACAUGCCAUGUUCACCUUCCUCCGCUUCAUGCAAGCCGGACCCCAAGAAACCAAAGCCACCGAUAACAUCCGCGACAUCGAGGUUGCCUUCACAAACUGCUACCGCUUGCUCUCCGCCGGCGGCAUCAUGAGCAUGCAGACCCGCGGCAUCAUGCGCAUGAUCCUCGGCACCGCCGGAGCCAUCCACGCCGUCCUCCCGACCGCCGUCGAACACGCCCGCGUGGUCCUCGACGUCACACCGUGGCAGUCGGCGGACGCCCUGAAACUCAGCUCCAUGUAUCCCAACUGGGCGUGUGCCCGCGAACCGGGCAACAUCCCGCCACAGUACGAGAUGGACCAACUCCUGCAGGCAUGGUACCACCGCGAAGCCUCGCCACGUUCCCCGGACGAGUCGAUGCAGGAGGACUGAUUGAAAGACAUAAAUUUGGGGCAAAUUCCCCCAACGAGACCUGGGUCGCAGUCUGACUCGGCGAGAGCGCAGAAAGCAAAACAGUGUACUGUAUAGAAAUCAGUCAAUCGUAGCAAAAAGGAUGGCAUUUGUUUCGGGGGCGGGGCGGACGGCGAGAGUUUCUUGCGUUCAGCGUGCAU